AUGAAGCAAUAUACAACACUUUUUUUAGGAGAUUUUGUUGUUCAAGAUGAAACGGAAGAGCAAGUAAGUGAAGCACUUCACGUCUUGCGGGAGUGGAAUCCUGAAUGGAAGCCAGCAAAUUUUAUGACCGACUUCUCAGUUGUUGAAAUUCAUUCCAUUGAGUCAGUUUUUCAGGACGUGGGAACAUCAGUGUUUCUAUGUGAUUUCCACAGGGAACAAGCAUGGGAAAGAUGGACAAAGAAAAGUGAGCAUGGUCUGACAUCCGAGGAUAGAGAGAAGUUGCUACACCUCUUAAGAAGCAUGGCUUACGCGCCGUGGAUUUCAAAUACAGAAUCUCCAUUUACAAAUGUUGCAGAAGCAAAAAAGAAGCUUGUAGAUUCAGAUGUGUACAAAAAUAAUGCCCAAGUUCAGAGAUGGCUCGAAGGAACGUGGUUUCCUGAGGAAAAACGAUGGGCAAGAGCAUAUAGGUAACCUAAAAUAGACAUUAAGAUCAAUACAAAUAAUGGUAUUGAAGCACAAAAUAAAGUUUUCAAGUAUAACUACCUCUCAAAGGGAACUGACAAGACACUAAGCGGUGUUGCUAAAGUAAUUGUGGAAUGCUUUUGCCCAGAACAGUACAAACUCUACGUGCUGAAGAAUCUGAAGCUUAAUAAGAACAUCAAGGCUUACAACAAAGAAAUUCCAGAAUUUCUGCAUGGUCGGCCUCAUGGAUUUAUCAAGCAUUGCAUGCAAAGAAUACAUUCGUCAGCAGUGUACACAACGAAGGACGUGCAAGAUCUUGGAGAGUUAAGAUUUCAAGUAACAUCAGAGAGUUCAAAGCAGACUUACUCGGUUGAUUUAGCCUCUCCCACUUGCAGCUGCCCUGACUGGAGAAAAUUCAAAUGCCCCUGUAAGCAUAUGUUUGCAGUGUUUGAAAACACAAGUGCUGACUGGUAUAACCUGCCACUAAACUACAGAGAAUCAUCUUUGUACACGAUUGAUAAGGAUGUUAAUGAAUUGGAAUGUGAUGAUGAUCAACCAGGAGACAUGGAAAUUGACGACAAUAACACCAGCACCCACACAGACAAAAUCGAGUCAAGUAGCCAAGACAGCAAAAAUG